AUGGCCAACGAGAUCUCGGAAAAACCUCAGAUGGCCGCCGCGGAAGGUCCCUCAAGUCGCAACUCUAGUCAACGAGACUCGGAGAAGGGACGAAAUUCUACUGGUUCUGGAACGGCAUUGGAGAAGGCAGAUUCGAAAGUUAUAAAGGCAGCUAAGGAUUCUAAUGAUGAUCCUUUUCGUCAUCUUCCCACCGACGAGGCGGAGAUUCUCAAGAGGCAAGUCAUAACGCCCGAAGUAAGGACCGGCGUUCUUACUAUAUACCGGUACUCUUCUCGGAAUGAUCUUAUAAUCAUGGCCAUCAGCGCUAUAUGCGCUAUCGCGGGUGGUGCCGCGUUGCCACUAAUGACGGUCAUCUUCGGUAACCUCCAAAACACGUUCCAGGGAUUCUUUCUCGGUACUGUUGGGUACGAUGCUUUCAUGGACAAGAUGACUACUCUCGUCUUAUACUUCGUGUACUUGGCCAUCGGCGAGUUCGUAACCAUCUAUAUCGCAACCGUCGGCUUUAUUUAUACUGGAGAACAUAUAAGUGCCAAGAUUCGCGAACACUACCUGGAGAGCUGCAUGCGCCAAAACAUCGGUUUUUUCGACAAGCUCGGUGCUGGCGAGGUUACUACUCGUAUUACCGCCGACACAAAUCUGAUCCAGGAAGGUAUUUCUGAGAAGAUUGGGUUGACGUUGACAGCAGCGGCAACAUUCGUUUCCGCUUUCGUCAUCGGCUUCGUCUUCUACUGGAAAUUAACCCUGAUUCUAUGUUCUUCGCUCUUUGCUUUGAUUAUGGUCAUGGGAACUGGAUCUCGCUUCGUCGUCAAGUAUACCAAAGACUCCAUCCAGGCGUAUGCGGCAGGAGGCAGCGUUGCCGAGGAGGUUAUUAGCUCAAUUCGCAAUGCGAUUGCUUUUGGUACCCAGGGCACCCUAUCGAAGCAAUACGACGCCCAUCUCAUCCGAGCCGAAUACUUUGGGUUCAGAAAGUCGGCCUCGGUCGCGUGCAUGGUUGCCGGCAUGUUCUGGAUUAUAUACUUGAACUAUGGUCUGAGUUUCUGGAUGGGCAGCAAAUACCUUGUCGAUGGUGUUAUCCCGCUAUCGAGUGUCCUUAUUAUCAUGAUGUCGAUUAUCAUUGGUGCUUUUAAUCUGGGUAAUGUCGCCCCCAAUCUCCAGGCUUUUGGUACCGGACUUGCGGCUGCAGCCAAGAUCUUCAACACCAUUGAUCGUGCGUCCCCGUUGGACCCCACUUCCGAGAAUGGCGAGAAGCUGGAGAAGGUUGUUGGUACGAUCCGUCUGGAGAACAUCAAGCACAUAUAUCCCUCGAGGCCUGAGGUUGUUGUCAUGAAGGAUGUAACGCUGGAGAUCCCGGCGGGUAAGACGACAGCAUUGGUCGGAACUUCUGGGUCCGGAAAGAGUACUAUCGUUGGACUUGUGGAACGAUUUUACGACCCUGUGGCGGGCAGAGUAUUGCUAGAUGGACAUGAUAUUAGCACCUUGAAUCUUCGAUGGUUACGCCAACAGAUGUCCCUAGUCAGCCAGGAACCUACCCUAUUUGGUACUACGAUUUAUCAAAACAUCAAGCAUGGUCUUAUCGGCACUAAACACGAAAACGACAGCGAAGAAAAACAGAAAGAGAUGGUUUUUGAAGCAGCUAAGAAGGCUAAUGCUCACGAUUUUAUCACGGCUUUACCAGAAGGAUACGAAACAAAUGUUGGCGAGCGUGGGUUCUUAUUGUCCGGCGGUCAGAAGCAACGUAUUGCUAUCGCUAGAGCCGUCGUUUCGGACCCUAAGAUUCUUCUACUCGACGAGGCGACAAGCGCAUUAGAUACCAAGUCAGAAGGCGUCGUGCAGGCUGCGUUAGAGGCCGCUGCGGCGGGUCGAACCACCAUUACCAUUGCUCACCGUCUUUCUACCAUCAGGGAUGCCCACAACAUCGUAUGCAUGUCGCAUGGAACUAUUGUCGAGCAGGGAACACAUGACGAGCUCUUGGAACUUAACGGCGCAUAUGCAAAGCUUGUCAACGCACAGAAUAUCGCUGUUGUAAAUGAUCUAACCGCGGAAGAGCAAGAGGCAAUUGACGCUAAGGAGGAGAGCCUCAUUCGUACGGCUUCCAAGGCGGGCGAUGCUGGCUACGUUGAGGACCCCGAUGACAACAUCCGCGAUAAACUGAACCGAUCGACAACACAGGGAUCCGCAUCCAGCAAGGCUCUUCAAGGUCGCAAGCCCGAGGAAAGGAAACAGUACUCAUUAUGGACUCUGAUUAAGCUAAUUGCGUCGUUUAAUAAGGAGGAAUGGAAACUAAUGCUCUACGGCUUGUUCUGGUCUAUCAUCUGUGGAGGUGGUAACCCAACUCAAGCCUUUUUCUUUGCCAAGCAGAUCCUCACAUUGGCUGUACCUAUUACUCCCGCGAACAGUCACCAGAUCAAGAGGGACAGCGACUUCUGGAGCGCCAUGUUUCUCAUGCUGGCAUUUGUCAUGCUCAUCGCUCAAAUAUCCCAGGGUGUUGCCUUUGCCAAAUGCUCCGAGCGCUUAAUCCACCGUGUCAGAGAUAGGGCUUUCCGAACCAUGUUACGCCAGGACGUUGCCUUCUUUGAUCGAGAUGAGAAUACUGCCGGUGCCCUCACAUCAUUCCUAUCCACCGAGACCACCCACGUGGCUGGUCUCAGUGGUGUUACUCUUGGCACUUUGCUCAUGGUUACUACGACGCUUAUAUCAGCAAUGAUUGUUGCCCUCGCCUUCAACUGGAAAUUGUCUCUUGUCUGUAUCGCCACGGUGCCACUCUUACUGGGUUGCGGUUUCUUCCGCUUUUACAUGCUGGCGCACUUUCAACGUCGCUCUAGAAAGGCUUACGAGCAGAGUGCUACAUAUGCAUCUGAAGCCAUUUCAGCCAUCCGCACCGUCGCAUCUCUGACUAGGGAGGAAGAUGUUAUGUCCCAAUACAGGAAGUCUCUUGCUAUUCAGCAGAGAGCUAGUCUGAUUUCUGUCUUGAAGUCUUCGACACUCUACGCUACUUCUCAGUCCCUCACUUUCCUGAUAUUUGCCCUCGGUUUCUGGUACGGUGGUACCUUGAUCGCUAAGGGCGAGAUCGAUCUCUUUCAGUUUUUCGUUUCUUUUAUGUCAGUAAUCUUUGGGGCUCAGUCUGCGGGUACUAUCUUCUCUUUCGCUCCCGAUAUGGGCAAGGCGCACGGCGCCGCUGAGGAGCUCAAGACACUAUUUGAUCGAAAGCCGAAUAUCGACACCUGGUCCGGGGACGGUACCCCUGUUGAAGUCGUUGAAGGUAACAUCGAAUUCCGAGAUGUCCACUUCCGAUACCCGACGCGACCUGAGCAGCCCGUGCUUCGUGGUUUGAAUUUGACGAUUCGUCCCGGUCAAUAUGUUGCUUUGGUCGGUGCUUCGGGUUGCGGAAAGAGUACUACGAUUGCUUUAUUGGAACGAUUCUAUGACCCUCUUGUCGGUGGCGUAUUUGUUGAUGGAAAGGAGAUAAGUACCCUGAACGUCAACGAAUACCGAUCCUUCAUCGCUCUCGUUUCCCAGGAGCCGACGCUAUACCAAGGCACAAUUAAGGAGAACAUUCUCCUUGGUUCCUCUUCCGAGACCGUUACAGACGAAAUCGUCGAGUUCGCCUGCAGAGAAGCUAACAUCUACGAGUUCAUCCUGUCCUUACCGGAUGGCUUCAACACAGUUGUCGGUAGCAAGGGUACCCUGCUGUCUGGUGGACAGAAGCAGCGUAUUGCUAUCGCGCGUGCGCUUAUCCGCGACCCGAAGAUUCUACUCUUGGACGAAGCUACCAGUGCGUUGGAUUCGGAAUCAGAGCAUGUUGUCCAAGCAGCUCUCGACAAGGCUGCCAAGGGCCGAACCACGAUUGCCGUGGCGCACCGUCUUAGCACCAUCCAGAAAGCUGAUGUUAUCUACGUGUUUGACCAAGGUCGCAUCGUUGAGGAAGGUACGCAUGUCGAGCUCAUGCGGAAGAACGGCCGGUAUGCCGAGUUAGUCAACCUGCAGAGUCUGGAGAAGACCCGGUAG